AUGGCUCGUGUCCACAGCAGCCGGCAGUAUGCAUGCAUCGUAGGUGUUGGUGGCACACAACAACGUCACUCAGCUGUCCGCCGGUACUCUACAGUCCAACCAAAGAGCACACACAGUCUAGUUCACGUUGGGGACCCGCAGCUUAUCACGGCAGGCAUAUCGUCACCCGCACGCCAAUUGCUCCGCCCAAACGUCUGCAGCUCCUCGAGCCCCCUUCUGAAACGUGUCGCCGCAAUGCAGGGCGUCGUACGGGCUGGUGUUCGCGUGGCAGCACGAUCGUCCCGCCAAAUCCUCGCCGCCUCUGGAGCCUCUGGAGCCUCCCGCGCCCUCCCAGCCCUCCCACGAGCCCUCGUCGCUAGCUCGACCCCAGGCCGUCAGUACGCGACGUCGAGCGAUGGCACCAAGUCGUCCAUAUACGCCGCCUUCCUGAACCUGUUGGCCAGCGCCAGCUCACGGCGCGAGGUCGACCAGUACCUUGGCCAGUUCCGUUCCGUCUCACCACACCAGUUCGCCGUCGUCAAGGUGGGAGGGGCCAUCCUGACAGAGCACCUCGAGGAGCUAUGCUUUGCCCUGCAGCAGUUGCACGCCAUUGGCCUGUACCCCAUCAUCGUCCACGGCGCGGGGCCCCAGAUGAACCAGACCCUCCUCGACUCGGGCGUGGAGCCUGACUUCAUCGAUGGCAUACGCGUCACAGACAAGAAGACGCUCGGCAUUGCUCGCAAGCUGUUUCUCGAAGCCAACAUGGACCUCGUCAUGACGCUCAAGAGAAACUGGGGCGUCCCUUCGCGGCCCAUCACCGCCGGCGCGCUUCAGGCCGACUAUCUGGACAAGGACAAGUGGAAGUACGUGGGCAAAAUCACAAAGAUCAACACAAGGGCCAUCAUGGACGCGCUCGAGAACAAGGAACUGCCCAUUCUCUGCUCCAUGGCUGAGACUGAGGACGGCCAGAUCCUCAACGUCAACGCCGACGUGGUCGCUGCAGCACUGGCGCGCGAAUUCCAGCCCUUGAAGGUCAUUUACUUGUCCGAGAAGGGGGGGCUGUUCAACUCGGAAACGGGCAAGCUGAUUUCGCAAAUCAAUCUGGAAGCUGAAUACGACAACUACAUGAAACAGCCUUGGGUCCGCUAUGGCACCAAGCUGAAGAUUGUCGAGGCAAAGAAACUCUUGGACGGACUGCCGCGAACCUCUAGUGUUGCCAUCACGCAUCCCCAGGACCUUGGAAAGGAGCUCUUUACGCACACCGGGCGUGGUACCCUGAUUCGAAAUGGCGGAAGCGUCAAGGAAGUCAGCAAAUUCGAGGAACUCGACACCAAGGCCAUCCAAGAAGCGAUUGCGAAAGAACGUGGCGCUGACUCGGCUGAAGCGGUCUCCAAAUAUGUCCAGAACCUCAAGAAUCGGCCAUUUGAAGCCUUCUACGAUGACGCCAAGAGCGUUGUAGCCAUUGUCUAUCCACCAGCGGCCGAGGGCGAGUUCGCGCAGCUCUCCACCCUUACCAUGACCAAGGACGGAUUCCUGACCAAUGUGAGCGACUUGGUCUUCAAGCGCAUGAAGCAAAAGUACCCCAAAAUGUACUGGAUUGUAGACAGCCAAGAGCCCAGCCACGUCAAGUUCCACUUGGAAAGGACGGAUGGUUUCCUUCGCCGUGAAAAAGAAAUCUUUUGCUGGUGGGGAUCAGCGGAAUCUUCGGAGAUAUUUGCCAUUUUGGAGAAAUACCAAAAGGAAGGCCGCAGUAUUCUCAAGGACAGUCUCGAGUCCCAGUUCCGGAGAGCAGCAGACUUUGUUGCUAGCUUGAAGCAGGGCCAACAAGCACGCAGUUAUUCCACCGUGGCUGGCGCCCGCACAUUUGGUUCUUCUGCCCGACCAACUGCAAGGACGAGCCAACGCCUCACAACAUCAUCUCGUGGUUUCGCAACCACGGCAUCGCGGUCGUCCGACACCACAAACCCCAACCCUCCCUAUGGAGUCAAGUUCAAGAGCAAGGACUGGCCUUCCAAGAUCGCCUUGAUUGGCGCUCGAGGAUACACUGGGCAGGCUCUAAUUGAACUUCUAAAUAAGCACCCCAACAUGGAUCUUCGGCACGUGUCCUCACGCGAGCUGAACGGCAAGAAGCUCGAGGGUUACACGAAGCGCAACAUUACCUACGAGAAUCUCUCGCCCGAAGAUGUCAAGCGAAUGGCAGAUAAGGGUGAAGUCGACUGCUGGGUCAUGGCCCUUCCUAAUGGUGUCUGCAAGCCCUUUGUCGAUGCCAUCAACGAAUCAGCCAAACCAGACGCCGUUAUCGUGGACUUGAGCGCUGAUUACCGAUUCGACGACAGUUGGACCUAUGGCCUGCCGGAGACGGUCGAUCGCCGAAAGCUUGCCAAGACUUCACGGAUAGCAAACCCAGGCUGCUAUGCCACAGCUGCUCAGCUUGGAAUUGCACCUCUCCUAGACUUCAUUGGUGGCCAGCCCACUGUCUUCGGUGUGUCCGGUUACUCAGGUGCUGGAACCAAGCCGAGCCCGAAGAACGACGUCAAGAACCUCACAGACAACCUGAUUCCAUACAGUCUAGUGGAUCACAUCCAUGAGAAGGAGAUUUCGCGGCAACUGGGCAUUGAAGUUGCUUUCAUUCCCCAUGUCGCCGUCUGGUUCCAAGGUAUCUCUCACACCAUCUCCAUCCCCCUCAACCGCACCAUGACCUCGCGCGACAUCCGCAACCUCUACCAAGACCGCUAUGCCGGCGAGAAGCUGGUCAAGAUUGUCGGUGAGUCGCCGCUCGUCAAGAAUAUUUCUGGCAAGCACGGCGUCGAAAUCGGCGGCUUUGCCGUGCACAGCUCUGGCAAGCGCGUCGUUGUCAACGCAACCAUUGACAACUUGCUCAAGGGUGCUGCGACGCAGUGUCUGCAGAAUAUGAACCUGGCCCUCGGCUAUGGCGAGUACGAUGGUAUUCCCCAUUAG